AUUCAAGCACCACCUGCGCAACCAGUGCGAGCCUACUCCUUCUGGACCUGCUUUCUGUUGGCAUUGUGUCAUCAGGACGGAAUCGGGUUUCCUGCUGCAGUUCGCAAUCAGGGUGACGAACUCUCGUAGCGACGCGGCCUGUACGACGGGGAAGGUUGGCAGUCAAUCCGGUAUGGGGUCGACAAUAGCCUCACAGGAUGGAGCAGAUCCUCCACGCAAGCCAGUCGUUAGUCACUUUGCCCUUCGCUUCUUCCGGCCCUGCCAGCCCCUGGAGGGGCCGCCAUUGCAUUCUGGACGGGUCUGGGGAAUCACCCACCGGCCGGUCGCCAACCGAAAGGUGCGCCCAGCACUCGCGAGCAACGAGGAUCAUCCGUCGGCGGUGGCCCCGGGUGCACCAUCCAUGCGUAGGAAGGUUCGAGGGUCUAUUUCUCAUUCGGGCACAUUGCUUUUGUGCAUCCACCAGAGGUCGACAGACACUAGACACUAGACACUAGGUAGAAGGCACUAGGCAAGUCGGUAGGAACGAAAAUCAGGACCGAGAGGGAGGUGCAGGUUCUACUAGUGAUUAGUGAAGGUUAGCAUGG